AAAGCUUCCCGCGGUUGUGUUGUUUGUUUGCGGCACAUGUUAGUGAUCAAGUGGUGAGAAAGACGACCAACUUGUCACAUGUCAGUUAUCCUAGAUGAUUUUUACACAAGAGGUAGCUGUGACUCUAAUUUUAUCAAAGAUAUCAACUCAAAGAUGAGAGUUCCUGAUAGAAUAUCAUUGGAUCCAAGUAGUUUACCGCAGGUGAAUUUAUCGCUCGAUUCUUCUGAGAAUGACAAUAUGAAAGUGCCAGAAAGGAUAGUCAUGUCUGGUGCACAGAAUCAAGCAUCUCCACUUAUGGCAUUCAACCGACGUGGAGAUGACCUUAUCGAUAAUUUAGAUCCUGUUCCACUUCAACAUGCUUUAGACCCAUUACCUACUUCUUUAGUGUUAAAUGAAGUUCAUUAUCCAGAUCUAGAACGAUUAACUAUUGAGAAGAGAGAAAUAGAAACAGCCAUCUCAACUCCACUAUUAUUAACAAACGAAUCUCAGAAUCAUAUCCCAACAGAACAACAACCUUCUCCACUUCCUUUAUCGAAUAUCUCCAAUGUUAUAAAUCAUUCAUCUACAUCGAUAUCACCAUCAUCAUCAUCACCAAUGAGUCAAACAAAUAAUGCUCAAUCUAUUCUUAUAGAUACACGACGUCUUAGAUUAUUAGAGAUUCGUAUGAAUGAAAUAGAACUUGAAUUAUCUAGACGUCAAUUAAUGGAUAAAUUACUUUAUAUCACCUUUGGAGGUUAUUUUGUUUUAAAAUUUUUACGCUUAUUAUUCUCUUAGACUGUCCUUAUUCUUCUUCUUCUUGUAUGUCAUUAGAUGUAGUCAAGGCAUAUUUUGUUGUGGGUUUUGUUUUUCUUUCUUGUUAUGCAUAUUAUCAUCUAUACUUACUUCAUAGUGUUGUAACUUUGUUUUUCUCCUACUGUUAUUACUACUUUCAUAAACUACUCAGUUCAGUAGUAUUAGUAGGUUUUGAUAAACAAUGAAUGUGAAAUUGUACAGUUCGUUUAAUGACAAUGAUGUAUCAUUAUGUAACGAGGAUCCAGAUGACUGAUAUUCAUUAUCAAAUUUUUGGGUUCUAACCAACAUUUUGUAUGGCAAUUAAAAAUGUAGCUGGAGAAAAAAUCAUCAUUUCAACUGUAUACUACCUAAUCCUAUGAAAAUAUGAUCAUAAUUCUUUGUAUUGAGAUAUAUUUUCAGUUUAUGGUAGCUAUGAGUUGCAUUUGAAUUC